AUCAUCGCAGAAAGAGUUUUAAACGUGAAGUUACUUGUUGGUUGUAGUACACAGCGGGAACAGGGCACACGAUAUCUAAAAUUUACUACAAAGGCAGAUGAGCUGAUACUAGUCUCCGGAAACUGCUUUUAUCAGUAGAAUAUAAACAGGAAAGACAACACAACAAGAUAGUGUGGUAUGACCACACAUACGGGCGACCCAAGCUUGGCUGCUUACUUUCAGCGACAAAUUCCAGGUUCAGUGUUGAACUAUAUCCACACACCAUGCAGUGCCAGAAUUUAAACUCAAGCAGUAAUCUGUACCCGAAUCUGAUUCAUGAAAGUCUAGACCCGAAAUCGAAGAAGUAUCUUGCUACCUAUUUCUGUGAGGGUUGCUUUGAACACGAAGAAUGUAUCAAUUCCUCCAACGUUGAACAGUUCCUGGCAAUAUCGCGCCAACUUCACCAUGAUAAAUUACAGUAUGAAUGUGAAAACUUUCUCAGGAAUAAUAGCCUGUGCCGGCGCCUUAGCCUAGGGCCGAAAUCAAAGAAUGAAGCAUCUCGCUACCAAUUAAUGUUCAUCGGAAACAGAGAAGAUCGGCCAUCUGGCCCCCUCGUUUGUCACUUGUAUGAUUGCCGAAAGAAUUUCCAGAAAAUAUGCCAGAUUCCAGAACUUUCGGGUGUAGGAGCUGGAUGUGCAGUUUGCUGCUUACAAGACCAUGGAUAUGACGCCCCUCAUGUGUACGUUUCUGGGGGUGGGAAGUGUUCGGGAGACGUUUAUCAUUGUGAUAUUGUAUUGAACAAAAGGAAGAGGUGUUCAAAACGACUAGUUAAGGGUAGAUCUCUCCACUGUAUGACAUGUGUUCAGAACAAACUCUAUGUAUUCGGAGGAAAAAAUAACAAGGGCGAGGUGAUUUGUUCCAUCGAGGAAUUCACUUCAAAACGCCAUUCCUGGAAAAUAGUUGGAAAUCUAGAAGUAGCUGUUCACAGUGCGUGCGCAAUCAAACACGACAACAAGAUUUACGUGUUUGGUGGAAUAUUAGACAAUGGCAAAGAAACGCCCAAUGUUCAGGUGUAUGAUCCGCAAACAAAGACAUGCAAAAUUCUGACAAGCCUCCCAUUCCCUACAUCAGAAGGGCAGGCGGUGGUGAGAAAUGGAAAGAUCUUCGUUGCGUGCGGUAAUGGACGACUUGUGUCGUAUGAUCCAGAUUCAAAUCAAAACGUUAUUUGUACACAUAUGCCAGUGUGUUGUACAAACUUUGCAAUGUUCGCAGAAAAAGAAGGGAUCUUCUUUGCUGGUGGAAAAACACUUAAUGAUGACAAUGCUCUAAAAACUGUGUACGUGUAUUCGCCCGAGACUUGCACGUGGCAUGUGACAGACAGAGACCUGUCCUCCCCACUGUCUGUAUAUGGUAACUGUUCAGUAGAAAUUCCGGCAGAUUACGGACUUGUUCCAUUUUUCAGCUGAACACGUGUAUAUCAUACUGUUUCCAUUAUGAUCCCAUAUAUCAUGAUAAACUGCGUAUAACUUAUGAUAAACACUAUAUCCAUAUUGGUAGUUGUUCUAACUUCAAUAUGGGUGCUUUGUCGUGUAUUAUAAUGUGCAAUGUAUCUUCAUUAUUUGUAUUGUGUCAAAUUUGCAAUUGCUUAUGUGAAUGCUUUGUGUCUCAUAUAUCCUGUUCCGUAGGUAUUACAAAUCUUUUUUGUGUAACAUAGCACAUUUCCCUUCGAUACAAUAAAGGUUUGCUGAAAUCUC